UCAUUCAAACAUUGAGCCUGUAGAGCUACACACCUGGAAUUUUAUUUUCAUUUCACGUUUUUGGCAGCCCUGGGCAUUUGCAUUUCGUUGGCAGAGGAUAUACAAUUUUUUGUUAUUAAAAAUAUAAAACACAAACGUAUCGAAAGUUUUUGGCCAAGCGUGUGAAAUGGAUAUUGAAUACAUUCGCCUGAUAUUUGAGGUAGAAAAACGGCGCGCUCUAUGGACAAAGACCAGGGCCAUGCAUCACAUGCAUUGGCCAGAGGUAUCGAGGGCAGUACAGAUGGAGGGUAAUUGGAAAAUGAAAGCGCCCGAGCAAAUCAUGAGAUAUGGAUUAAAUUGCAUAGUGCCCGAGUGUAAGCCGCGUUUCUGGGGGCUGCGCAACGUUUAUCGCAACGAGAUACGCAAAAUCCAACAGAAACGAGCCGAGAGAUCGACCUGGUCCUAUUUCCAGGCACUCGAAAUUCUGCGUAACGUUGUCGAUCCCAGCAAGCUGGCGCCAUGUUCACGGGUGCCCUUCCCGCCGAAUAUCGGCGACUAUACAAUUAUCGAUAAUAACCGAUAUCCAAAUGGCGUGGGCAGUGGGAACAUUGGAUCGAAUUUGUCGAUGGGUCGAAUUCGGUCGAAUCGAUCCAAUUGGGGCAAGUCGCCCCAAAUGCUGCCCUUUGUGCCCUUCAUAGCACACACGAGAACACUGUCCAAUGACAAUACGCUCAAGUUUCGCACGGAAAUUACACGCGUUUUGAUGGAUCACGAUCGUAAGGAUGCGUAGGCGGCUUGUUUAAAAUAUUCUAUAACCUUUUCACUCUCAUAACGAAAGUGUUUGUAAAGAACAAAAUAAUCCUAAAAUUAAUUAGACAAUAAAGAGUUUGUCCAUAAAA